UGUGACACAACAUGUCUCCAAAUAUCGUUUAUUAAUUAAACAGUUAUCUUAUUACAAUUCUCUUUUAUAAUUGUUACGAUAAUUCGUUCUGUGCUGCACAAUAAAAAAGAAAUCUGUGUUGUGAAUUGCUUAUUGUUAGAAUGGCCAGGAUGGAGUUGCCGGUUUUGGAUAAAUUUUGUUUUAUAUUCCAUUUGAAGACAGGAUGCAUCGCUAUGGGAAUUAUUAAUUCUAUAAUAACAUUCGUGCUAGCAGUGAUCCUGAUAACGUUCGCAGUUGAUAUUAAAGACGCGUCUGAGUCGAAAAAGGACGAAAUUGACACCGGCAUGUCGUCAGUAGUCUACACGAUAGUAGUGCUACUCGUCGUGCUACUGUUUGUUAAGUUCUUGCUGGAUCUCAUUUUCGUAUACGCGGUGCACAAGGAAAAAUGUGGAAUUAUAAAAAAGUAUUGCAUCUUCUGGAUCGUGUUCGUGGUGCUGUUCAUCAUCAGCUUCCUCAAGACGCUGUUCCACAUGGGCGCUGGCCAUGUUAUCGCACAACUGCUUUUCCUGGCGGAGAAUUUCUACUUCAUCGUUGUCAUCCGAAGCUAUCUCCUGUCAAUUAACGAAGAUGGCGUCUUGUAAAUUAUGAAAUUGCGAGGUAUUUAUUUGAUAUAAACUGAAAAGAUUUGGUUACAGAGUUAUUUUUCAAUAAUUGAAGUAAGAGACGCAAUUAACAAACGAUAUAUAAAUAAAACCCUUAUAAUUAAAAUAAAAACUACAUUAAUUUAUUUAAAUUUCAUGUAAUAUCCACACUUGUUGAUCACGGAUCCAUUGUUAAUUAAACUAAACACUGGUUGUGACAUUUUGUUGUGUAAAAAUAAUCUCACGAAGUUCCUGAAAUCUCGUAUUAAACAACGAAAUUUAAUCAUAGUUGUAAAUUUUAGUUUAUUUAAUUUUAUAAUCCACGAAACAGAGUCCGGAGAUAGGUAUAAACAUCGAACACGUCAU